AUGAAGGCAUCCAUUGAUAGCAUCGUUGAAAUACACCAAGUCUUCGUCACUUACGAAGAACAAGUCGUUGCUUCUGAUAUCGACUCGUCCCAUCGCAGCGCGGAGAAGAAGCAAUUGCUAAAACGCAUGAGCAAGUUUUACGGCUCCUGGAACAAUCUUCAUCCAAGGCAUAGACUCCUUGAGGCUCUCCACGGCUUCUACCGUUAUAAGGAGAAGAAUCUACCAGAGCUAGAGCGGUGGAAAACACUCUAUGAUAAUGCAUCGCCGCAGCAGAAAAUGCUUCUGGAGGACACGGUGCAAUACAGCCAAAAAUUUGCUUCCGUCGCUAACCUGAUAACUGCUAACCACGAGUUGUGCCAAGAAGUGCUCCAGUCCGCGCUUGAAUUCUAUGAGAUCCAUCCCAGUGAGCUCGAGCAGUUUGUUCGAGACAGGGAAAGUCACGGACACACUGCGGACAGAGUUAGCGUCUCUCAGGGGUUGAAGCAUUUGGUUCGCGACUGGUCCGACGAAGGAGAUGUAGAACGCAUUCAAGCAUUUCCAAUUAUUCUGCGCUCCCUGCACAACCUUUUUCCAAACCGUGAGAAUCAGAGAGUCCGGAUUCUCUUACCAGGCUCGGGCCUCGGGCGCCUAGGUCACGAAAUUGCCGCCCUUCGAGGCUUUGAGGUCACGAACAACGAAUGGUCCAUGUACAUGAACACACUAUAUCGCUUUAUAGAGAAGCAGAAGGACAUGAAUAACCGCAAAGUUCACCCUUUUGUGGACAGCUGGUCGCAUCAUUCCACCUCGGCAAAUAUGAUGCGUGUCGUAACAUAUAUUAAUUCUAACGACGUCUUACUUAUUGAAGGUGAUUUUACAACGAUUCUGAAGGGGCAUGGCAAAUUCGAUGCAAUCGUCACACACUUCUUCAUUGAUACGGCCAGGAACUUGAUGGCAUAUUUGGAUACGAUCCAUCGGCUUCUGAAGCCUGGCGGUUUUUGGAUUAACUAUGGUCCUCUACUGUAUGGUAGUGGUCCAUUUGUGCAGUUGUCGCUGGAUGAGCUUAUGCAAGUUAUUGUGGCCAAGGGUUUCCACUUAGUGAAUAGUCCUUCACAGGAAGCACUCCAUGCUGAUAUACGUAAUACUACCUUGCAGGAUAUUCCUGUAUGGAGUGUAGAGGCUACAGAUGGGUUUGAUGCUAGGGCAUUGGUGAAAAAUGCUUAUCUAGCUCAGUUUUGGAUUGCAGUGAAAAUAUAA